AUGCAAAUAUUGACUAAGUUCAAAUUAUUACAAUCAUUUAAUAUAUUCAAGAACUUAAAUUCAAUAACAAGCAGAUCAAUAAUUAGUCAUAGAUUUAUGUCAGUAGAUACAAUUUCAUUACAAUUAAAAAAAAUAGGUUUAAAUCAACCUGAUACAAUUGAAGGUUCAAAUCCACAAUAUAAUGUUAUAGAUGUUUUUAGAAAUUAUAUAACAGAAGAAUUACAUAAGAUUACUCAAGUUGAAAAACCGAUUAUAUUUGAUUCUUUAGAUACUCCAAAAGUUUUAGAUCAAGGUGAUUUAUUAUUACCAAUUCCAAAAUUAAGAUUAAAAGGUAUAAAUCCACAACAAAAAUCAAAAGAAUGGAGUGAAUUAUUUAAUAAAGGUAAAUUUAUUGAUGAAAUUAAAUCACAAGGUGUUUUUAUGCAAUUUUUCUUUGCAAAAGAUUUAUUAUUUAAAUUAACUAUACAAGAUAUUUUAAAUAGAAAAAGUGAUUUUGGUUAUUUACCAAUUGGUGAAGGUAAAAAAGCAAUUGUUGAAUUUUCUUCACCAAAUAUUGCAAAACCUUUUCAUGCAGGUCAUUUAAGAAGUACUAUAAUUGGUGGGUUUAUUUCAAAUUUAUAUGAAAAAUGUGGUUGGGAAGUUAAAAGAUUUAAUUAUUUAGGUGAUUGGGGUAAACAAUUUGGUUUAUUAGCAAUUGGUUUUAAAAGAUAUGGAAAUGAAGAAAAAUUAAAAAUUGAUCCAAUUAAUCAUUUAUUUGAAGUUUAUGUUAAAAUUAAUAAAGAUGUUUUAGAUGAAACAAAUGCAGCAUCAGGAAAUCAAGAAAUUGCUGAAGGUGUAGAUGUUUCAGAACAAGAUGAUAAGAAAAUUAUUUCAAACACAAAUGAAGAAGCAAGACAAUUUUUUAAAAAAAUGGAAGAUGGUGAUAAAGAAUCUUUAAAAAUUUGGGAAAAAUUUAGAGAAUUAUCAAUUGAAAAAUAUAUUGAUACUUAUGCAAGAUUAAAUAUUACUUAUGAUGUUUAUUCUGGUGAAUCACAAGUUCCAUUAGAAAAAAUGAAACAAGCAACUAAAUUAUUAGAAGAUAAAGGUUUAAUUCAUAUUGAUAGAGGUGCUAAAUUAUUUGAUUUAACUAAAUUUAAUAAAAAAUUAGGUAAAGCAUUAAUUGAAAAAUCUGAUGGUACAUCAUUAUAUCUAACAAGAGAUAUAAGUGAAGCAGCAAAAAGAUAUGAUAAUUAUAAUUUUGAUAAAAUGAUUUAUGUUGCUGCAUCACAACAAGAUUUACAUUUUGCACAAUUUUUUGAAAUUUUAAAACAAAUGGAUUAUCAAUGGGCAAAAGAUUUAAUUCAUAUUAAUUUUGGUAUGGUUCAAGGUAUGUCAACAAGAAAAGGUACUGUUGUAUUUUUAGAUAAUAUUCUUGCUGAAACAAGAGAUAAAAUGCAUGAAGUUAUGCAAAAAAAUGAAGAAAAAUAUAAACAAAUUGAAAAUCCUGAAAAAAUUGCUGAUUUAAUUGGUAUAUCUGCUGUUAUGAUUCAAGAUAUGCAAAGUAAAAGAAUAUUAAAUUAUGAAUUUAAUUGGAAUAGAAUGUUAUCAUUUGAAGGUGAUACUGGUCCUUAUUUACAAUAUGCACAUUCAAGAUUAUGUUCAAUGGAAAGAAAAUCUGGAAUUAAUUUAAAACAAUUGGAAAAUGCAAAUUUGGAAUUAUUAACUGAACAAUGUGCAAUUAAUUUAGUUAGAACAUUAGCUCAAUAUCCAGAUACAAUCAAAAAAGCAUAUAAAACUGAAGAACCAUCAACUAUUGUAACAUAUUUAUUUAAUUUGUCACAUAUUGUAUCAUCAUGUUACGAUAUAUUAUGGGUAUCAGGUCAAGAAAAAGAUUUAGCAAUUGCAAGAUUAGCAUUAUAUUCAGCAACAAGACAAGUUAUAUAUAAUGGUAUGACGUUAUUAGGUUUAACGCCAGUUGAAAGAAUGUGA